AUGGACAGCUUAGAUUUCAAUCUUCAUACUCUUAUUCUCAAGGAUCUAGCCGCAAAUAUUAGCCAGGCAGACGAUCCAACCGUCCUUGACGCGGGUCUCAAUCUUCUUGGAUCCCGCGUGAAGUCAGAGCAUCUCAAGAAGUAG